CCGCAGCUGAGUCCAACAUGUGUCAUUGGACAAGAUUGUGGAAUGAUUCCAGGACCAUUAAAUUCGACAGGGGCAAUUCGACUCGUUACUGGAACGUUGCAACGGUGGCGCUUCCGAAAACUGACGCUACAAGCAGAUUGGACCUGCAGAAAAUAGCCUAUUUUCUCAAUAUUUUGGACUUCUCCUCUCCAUCGUCAAUUCUUCGGACCGAGCUGUAACAGUUGCAGAGCUGCGAAAGGAAGAUUUUGCAGCUUCGAGCCCACGAUGGCAUCGACCAUCAUGGAUCUGGUUCGAGAUAUCGAUGUGGAGUUCUCUCCUCUGAUUGUGUGCGGAAUUAUAGCUGGAGUGGUGUUCGCCUGCUGGCAGUUUCUUUUCACGGGCUUGGACCCGAGGGAGCCUCCUGAAGUGAGGUCCAGCAUUCCUUUCGGUCAUCUGUUUGGGAUGCUAUGGUAUAAAGCUGAAUAUGUAACAGUUUUGAGCCGCAAAGUCAAGCAACCGAUUUACACCAUUCGAAUUCUGGGGACACGAAUGUAUAUCCUCUGCUCCCCAGAAUUCAUCCAAAGGACCUUCGCCAACCCGAAAGCCUUCACAUUCGAGCCCUUUGUCUCCACCGCCGUUAGACGUCUCCUCAACAUCAGCGAACCCGACAUGAAAAUCCUCCUCCAAGAACCAGGACCCGAGAAACUCCCCUCCUACGCACAAGACAUCCACGACCUUGAGCAUUCAACCUUAACGCCCGGUGCAGCACUUUCUCAGCUAAACGAUGCUUUCCAGACCAGGUUAGCAAAAUCGUUUAAUGAAAUCGAUACCGAAGGAACGACAGUCAACCUCCAUAGCUGGAGCAGAGACGUAGUCACACAAGCAGCAUGUGCCGCGAUUCUCGGACCCGACAACCCCUACGAAGAUGAUCCUACUCUCAUCGAAGCUCUUUGGGAUUUCGAAACCGACAUCGUCCUCCUCAUCCUGCGCAUCCUCCCCAGUCUAACAGCACGGCGCGGCUACGUCGGCAGAGCACGCCUCAGGACCGCUUACCUAUCUUACCACCAUACAGGCCUCUGGAAACAAGGCUCCCCACUCCUCCGUGGAAUGAGAGAAAUUGGGAAGAAGCAUGGCUUCAACGAUACCCAGAUUGCGGAGUGGGACGUCUUGUUCACGAUCGCGGCUGUGACGAAUGCUAUUCCGAUAAGUUUCUGGAUGUUAAGCUAUAUACUCGCCGACCCUCAAUUAACUCCAUCUGUGCGGGGAGAGCUCAAGGCAAUCGUAACAGUGAAGGAAGACGGGAAGGGAGGCAAAGUCUUGACAUUAGAUCCUCGAAUGAUUCGUGAGCAUUGUCCUAUUCUCAUCUCGAUCUGGGAGGAGAUGUUGAGAUUCACGUCACAGCCUACGCUAGGACGAUAUGUAACGACUGAUACGGUGGUCAACAACGAGUAUCUCCUCAAGGCGGGGAGUGUGGUGCAGAUUCCGACUGGGAUCACGCAAUCCAAUCCUUCAUAUUGGGGUCCUGACUCCUCUUCUUUCAACGCCCGCCGCUUUUUCAAAACCGAUAAAGAUGGAAAGGAAAAAGCGAGCAAAGACGAAAGGGAGCAAGAAAAGUUGCAGAGGAGAGCGUAUACGCCUUUUGGAGGCGGGAAAAAUCUUUGCCCUGGGCGCCAUGCGGCUGCGAAUGAGACGCUGAGUUUUGUGGCGAUGAUGAUUUAUGCUUUCACGAUUGAAAACAAAGAUGGGAAGCCAUUUAAGGUUAUCGAGACAGCACCAAGAGCUGCUGGUGCUUCGGUUCCGAAAGCUGAGGGGGAUGUGGAGGUUAUUAUUAGGCUGAGAGAUGACUUGAGGGGGGCGAGGUUGGCUUUUGCUGGUGGAGAAGGGAGGUGAGAAGAAAUGAGAGUUGUGCUCUGAAAAUGAGUCAAUUAUAAAAUACAAAAUCUAAUUCAUCGAUAUGCCGUGGAG